GGUGGGCUGUGGUUGGGGGAGGGGAUGGACCGAGUCCCGGCUUGUCCGUAUAAGGGUUCGGGAAGGUUUGGAGACUAAGAUUCUAUUCCCUGACUCUGCACCGGGUUCCCUACCCACCUCUCCGUCGGCUCCCCCAACGCGGGGCUUGAGACUGAAAGAGCAUCUCGGGAAGGGGCAUUCCAGCCCCGAAGCAGCCUAUCCAGAAACACCCAAAUUCUGAUCUUGAAGUUGGAGGUCCCCAGGGAAGUUCGUUUCUAACCUUUUAGAAGAGUUAGAGGGUUUGAGGCUGCCUGACCCCGGCCGAUUGUGGUAGUGGGGUGCUGAGGCUGAGGCAGCAUGACGACGGAGACCUUCGUGAAGGAUAUCAAGCCCGGACUCAAGAAUCUGAACCUCAUCUUCAUUGUGCUGGAGACAGGUCGAGUGACCAAGACAAAGGAUGGUCACGAGGUUCGGACCUGCAAAGUGGCAGACAAAACGGGCAGCAUCAAUAUCUCCGUCUGGGACGAUGUGGGCAACCUGAUCCAACCUGGGGACAUUAUCCGGCUUACCAAAGGGUACGCUUCAGUGUUCAAAGGUUGUCUGACACUGUACACUGGCCGUGGGGGUGAUCUUCAGAAGAUUGGAGAAUUCUGUAUGGUUUACUCCGAGGUUCCUAAUUUCAGUGAGCCAAACCCAGAGUACAAUGCCCAGCAGGCACCCAACAAAACGGUGCAGAACGACAGCAGCUCUACCACUCCCCAGCCUACCACCGGACCCCCUGCUGCUUCUCCAGCCUCUGAGAGCCAGAACGGGAACGGACUGACUGCCUCACCUGGUCCUGGUGGUGGCCCACACGCCCCUCACACUCCUUCCCACGCCCCCAGCACCCGAAUUACCAGAAGCCAGCCCAACCACACAGCUGCUGGCCCUCCUGGCUCUUCCAACAACCCUGUCAGUAACGGCAAAGAAACCCGGAGGAGCAGCAAGAGAUAGCAAGACCUUCUUCCUCACGUCCCACCACUGACCAUAACCCAAGUGUCCGCUGAAGAACACAGCCUUCUACUGGGCUGCUGGAUUGGGGGUGGGAAGAGGUAGGUAGCAGUAUUUUAGCCACUAAACUUCACUGAAGGGUGGUGAGAAGUGGCCUUAUCCACCCUAAGCCCAUACUCUCCCCUUGUCCAGCUGAAGCUGCCCGUGCCCUGGAAUUCGGGGCCCUCUGCCUGCCUUUCUUCCUCUUUAAAAGCAACAGUUACAGUCUCUUUCUUCUUCAUGUAUGACAUGGAAGUCUAAUUGAAUCCCUUCUUCUCAAUAAAUGUUACCACUCUG